AUGCCUCACUUGGUCAGCACACAUUGCAUCGAGCCUCAUUUCCUUCGCAAUGUCCUCGAUGUUCUGAUCAUUGGGACUGGGACAGCUGGUCUCUCUGGGGCCAUGGCUCUUGGCCUUGCGCGAAGGAGUGCCAUCGUUUUUGAUGUUGACGAUCACGGAAGCAGACUUCAUGAAACUACAAGCCAAACGAUCUCAAAAUCGAUCCAGGACGAGACUAUAGCUGAGAUUAAAACCAAGUUCAAGACUAUCAUGUUUAGCCGCGCGACAGCUGCGUCGGUUCGUGAGAAAGGUAUGGUGUUCGAAGUGGAGGACGUUUCAGGUCGACGUUGGAAGGGAAGAAAAGUGAUCCUGGAUAUGAUUAGCCGUGAUAUUCGUCCAGAUAUCCCGGAAUACGAAGAAGCCUGGGGGAAGAAAAUGGAGACUGGCCACGCUGCUGUGCUCAUCACAUCCGACUGCCCAAGUUCGAUUGAGGGAGCGGUGCUGUCGGCUCAUCUCGCCCGGCAGUUCAGUCCCGAUAUAACAUUAUUGACCAACGGCUUUUCACAUGUUGAGUGCCAUCCGCAAAUCAUGGGGACCAAGAAUGCUGGAUUCAAAAUAGACAACAGACCCAUCAGAUCACUAGAGGGUUUCGAAACCUCAGUGGCAGUCCAGUUCGCCGAUGGGGCAGAAUCAGUGUUCGGCUUGAUAGCACAUAAGCCUCGAAAGGUUAUCAGCGGGCCCUUUUUAGAACAAUUAGAUCUGGAAAUGACAUCGGAAGGGAGGAUUUUGGUAGAAAAUGAGUUUCAGGAGACAAGUAUACGUGGGGUUUUCGCAGUUGGUCACGGCACCUGUUUUCUCAGAGAGGAGGGUGCUGGGGCCAGUGCUGGAUGGCUGGCUGGGGUUGGUGCAAACUUGCAAAUUGCCGAGGAUGAUAUGGGUAUGCAGUCUACAAUUGCUUCGAAGACAGAAUGA